AUGUCGACAAACGGCAUAAAUACAAAUGAAGACACCGAAAUGGCUGAUUGCGACGGAGAAAAGGUUGUAACAAUGAUGGACGUUCUACAGGAACAACAAGAUUUUGAAGAAGACGCUAAUGCCGUACUUGGAGCCUCCGAUGAUAAAAAUUGCACUUACUCCAAGGGUUAUAUAAAAAGACAAGCAAUCUAUGCUUGUAUGACAUGCUGUUCUGAUGCUAAAGAAGAUGCCACAAAACGAGCAGGUGUCUGCCUUGCUUGUAGCUUAUCCUGUCAUGAAAACCAUGAGCUGGUAGAAUUAUACACAAAGAGAAAUUUCCGUUGUGAUUGUGGAAAUCCUAAGUUCAACUCACAUCCAUGUCAGUUCAAUACAAAUAAAAGUGACAUGAAUGAAGACAAUAAGUAUAACCAGAAUUACAGUGGCUUAUAUUGUAUUUGCCAUCGACCUUACCCUGAUCCUGAAUCAACAUUUGAAGAUGAAAUGAUUCAAUGUAUCAUUUGUGAAGAUUGGCUGCAUGCAUCUCAUUUAGAUGCUAUUGUUCCACCUAAUGAUCAAUAUUCUGAAAUGAUUUGCAAGGAUUGUAUGGAUAAAAAUGACUUUCUACAUGAUUACAGUAACCUUGCUGUUAAGGUUGAUAAUACAGACAUUGAUGUUGUCAGUACUAAUGAUGUCACCAUCCCUAAUGGUCACUCUUUGGACAACAUAUUAGAAAUAUCAAAAGAAAAUGCAGAGCAAAAUAUUUCAUCAGAGGAUAUGGAAAUAAAAGAUAAAACUAAAAUGGAUGCUAUAGAAGAUGAUGUAAAAGAAGAUACGAUUUCAAUGAAUAAAGCUGAAACUGGUUGUACUAAAGCUACUGUUGAAGAAGAAACAAAAGAUGAAUCUCUUUCAAACACUGUGUUGAAUACUUUAAAAGAAACAAAUGACAAGGAGGAACCAUUGACAAAUGAAAUUGAAAUGACAGAAAACACCAAAGACAUCAAUGAAUCGGAUGUUGAUAUAAAGAAUACCACACCAGAAGUAACAGAGAAAAUCGAUUGUCAAGAUAACUCUAACUCCAGUAGAGAAAUACAAGAAACAGCAGAUGGGAAACCAGAAAAUGUAAAUUCAAUAAAUAUUACACAAAGUGAAAUAAAUUCGGAUAGUAAAGAUCUUUUAGCUAUAAAUGAAGUAAACACCAAGACAGAAGAGGAAGAAGAAAAAGAUGUUGAAAACAGUAAAAAUGACCAAGAAAUAAGUAUUACACAAAAUGAAAUAAAUUUGGAUAAUGAUGAAGACCUUUUAGCUAUAAAUGAUCUAAACACCAAAACAGAAGAAGAAAAAAGUGUUGAGAACAGUAAAAAUGAUCAAGAAAUAAGUGAAGAAAUUAAACCAAAUGACACUUUUGACGAACCGGCGGUAGAAACAGCCAAAAAUGAAAAUCCUGAAGAUAAAAAUAUUACUGUUAGUUCUAAUUUAGAAACUUCUACAUCUAAUACAACUGUAAUAGACAUUCCUGAAAACAAAGUUAUGAGUGACUCUUUGGAAGCCAAACUUGAAGAAACAGAACCAGAAAAACCUCAAAUAGCCACUGAGUUUGACAAAGCUGAUACCAGUAUAAGUAAAUUAGAGACAGCGGAUGUUGUGGAUGAAAGUAAACUUGAAAAUGAACUGCUUAAAACUAACGAUAUCACAGAAGAAAAUGAAAUGCUUGAAGAAACAGAAAAUGUUACCAGAACAGAAGAUAAGGGAGAUGUUGAAAGGCAAAACAAUCAUUUCGACAAAGAUAAUGAAGUUCCUAAUGAAACCUCCACAAAUACUAAUGAGAACAAGAGAAAAUUGUCAAUGGAUGAAGACAAAGAUGAUGUAGUCAUAAAGAAAGUGAAAGUCGACGAAGCAAAGACGUGUGUAAAACCAGAGGGAGUAAAAAGAUGUUUUAGGGGGGCAACUUUCUGGCCUUCAAGCUUUCGCCAAAAACUAUGUACCUGUAAUGAGUGCCUUUCAAUGUAUAAGGACCUGUCGGUGUUAUUUUUAAUAGACCCAGAGGAUACAGUUACAGCCUAUGAAAUGUUAGGGAAGAAAAAUAAUGAGGGCAGCCCAUCAUCACAAUAUGAGAAGGGCUUGCAAGCUUUAUCUUCCCUGGACCGAAUCCAACAAAUAAAUGCUCUAACAGAAUAUAAUAAAAUGAGAGACAAAUUGUUAGAUUUCCUUAAAAGUUUCAAAGAUAGAAAGGAAAUUGUUAAAGAGGAGGACAUAAAGGCUUUCUUCGCUGGAAUGAAACCAAAAAGAGAACCCGACGGUUUAAUUCUUCACAUCGAGCUGACGGAAAAAACAAUA